CUGCUGAUUAAAACUGAUGGCUCCAUACUAAAUCCAAGUUCAGUUGGGCAACAUUCAUUACACAUUCAUUUCUAAACAUUUUCCCCUUCAUCGUUCUGACCUCUUAUGAAAUGAGAGCAACUGGGUCAAGCCGAGGCGACCCUAUGGACAGAGGUCUCAUCUUCCAUUCUUUAUGUAUUAGCAAGGACACCUGUACUUAGAAGAAAGUUCAUUUUUAAGUCUCCUAAAAUUCGGCCGAGGGCAGGACGAGCUGAUUCCAACGCUAAAUUUUAGAACAAAAGAUAACCCCAUACGUGAGGUGUCCUAGGUGAAGUUGUUCGAAUCUUCAACGAUGGCUCGGCCACUUCAGCAUCCGCAGCUUCAUCACCCGCAGCUUCAGCAUCCGCAGCUUCAGCAUCCGCAGCUUCAGCAUCCUCACCUUCAGCAUCCACAGCUUCAGCUUCAACACCCGCAACAGCUUCAACAGCAGCAGCAGCAGCAGCAUCACCAGCAGCAUCAACUUCAGCAGCAUCAGCAGCCGCCGCCUCAGCAGCAGCAACAGCGAUUCCCACCAAUGUCAUUGAUACCAGCGAAACCCUUUAUGGGUCAGGGGAUUCCCAUAGAACAUCAGCAACGUGUACAGCCGAAUCCAUAUCUUCAACAGCAAUAUUUUUACGGAGGGCAGACACAGCCCAUAAUGGAGGUAAUGUGUAACCCCACGUCCUGGUACCCGCAACAAGAUCAUCUACACCAACAAUAUCACCUUCAAAACAAUCAAAUUUGGUAUGGUAUGCCUUAUGUGAACAGCCCAAAAGUUUUUUAUCCCAAAUCACCAAUCCCGGGAAUCAUAUCCCCAUCGAUAAAUCAGCAUCCAAAUGGAGCUCACAAACAGCCCACAACCAAGGCACGGAGUCGUCCAGCCAGUAAGGAUCAGGGUCAAUCUUCAGCAGAACAAGGUCGGUCCAUUGCCGGUGGCCGUUCAUUAUUUGUACAAAAGUCUUCGGCGGAUUACUGCUUAAAUAGGAACCGUAGCAUCUCCAGCUUACAACAUAAUAAGGAAUCGCGUUCCAAACAGACUAAGGACAACAAUCAACUGAAAACAGUUCCUUCGAAGGAGGAAUUGGCCAAGCCGCAAGAGGAAACUAAGGAAAAGGAAAAGGAACAACAGCAAGAGAAGGCAGUUGUCAAGAAGGAAGUACUCAUUGAGAAAGAGGAGGAACCAAGUGUUGGCUUCUUCCGAAGACUUGCCACCUUCCGAUCCAGAUCGGCAAAAAAGUCGAAAAACAGGAAAAAUGAAAACGGUUCCAACGACAUUGCCACCCAACUAUCCUCGUCCUCUUCAUCUGCCAAAAAGCAUGGAUUUCUCAGUCGACUUUUUGGUGGCGUAGAUUCCAGCAACCUAUCCAAUAUAGAAUGCCUCACCGAGGAUCCCGCUAGCUUCAUAAUAACUAAAAUGGAUCAGAUUGAGAUUCGAGAUGGCAAAUGCUCUAAGAAGCUCCAGGCACCUAAGGAAUCAACAAUUGUUUAGGCGACAUUUAGAAAUAAAGCUUAGGGAUUGAAAUUUGGGAUAAAAAAUUGGAUUAUGGAAUUAAAGUACUUAAUAAUAUAAUAAAUACAAGAAGUGCCCAACGUAUCAUAUCACACAUCGUAA